AUGCAUUUGAGUCGAGCUCUCGCCCGAAAUCUCAACACGCGCCACUGGAAUCGUCGCGUUUGGGAGGUCGGCUAUCGCGGACCGAUUUUGCCGCAACAAAAAGCGUAAGUCAAUUAAAAUCACCUGCGAAAAGCUAAAUUAUCAAUUUUUCAGCACCGGCCGGCCGGAUUACCCAAUUUCGGCGAAUCGUGUCAAUAUUUUGCGCGAACGACUUGCCCGCGAGCAAAUUGUCAUGAAUUUGCUCACUCGUCCCUACUCCACGGCGGUAAUUCGUCAAAAGUCAGUAAAAUGAGUUCAUUUUCAUGUUCAGGAAGCCGAACAAACAUAUUUGGAGACGGAAAAGGCGGUCGGCUCGCUGUCGGAGCUCCGUGCGCGGGAAUUCGAGCAGUUGGAAGCGAGCCGAAUGCCGGGAACGGCGAAAAACACGGACGGCUCGAAGGCGGUGGUCAGACGACGUGCGAACGUCGGAAAUCUUUUGCACACACAUCAGACGGUCGAGGAUUCGCUUGCCGCGUUGGCGAAUCGAAAACGAUGGGAUUGA